GGAAAGGAUGCAUGCCUGUCAGCGCGCCGACACUCAAAUGCCCCUUUCCGACGAGCCUGCCUCAGCUUUCCAGUUACCUAUCCUUCGAGGUCGAAGCCAGACAACGACAACACUGGCGAGUCUUCUCGUCCUCUUCUUUUCAACGCCAUCUGUUUCUUCUUCUGUGGCUGUGGAUUCGACUUUCUCCCCUUUUUCUUUUUUGCGCACCAAUGGUAACUUUGUAAUUGAAGCUUGACAACUUCGCGACUCUCGUUAAUCCACCCGUUUUAUGAUCGGCGUGUCUGUGGCUGCGACUGCCACACCGUUUCGACACACGCUUUGAACCCUGCCGGGCGACUCCAACACCGCAAGCAACACCGAGUGCAUCGCGAUUCCCAUUGUCUCGAUAAUUCGCUCACGAAACGCCCUUUAUGGCUCGAUCGGCGAGCUCGAAGCCGCCGGCCGUGCGGGCGUCCUCCCCGCCGGUGGCAUCGGAUAUCAGUCAAAAGCCCAAGACGAAGGCAACGAAGCGCAAGGAUGACUACUCGUCCGAGGGCGUCGAGGAUAACGAUGUCUUCCUGCUCCCAGGCUCGGAUUUCCAGCUCCUAGUUGCGAUCACGGUGCUGGCUGCUGCCGUGCGCCUGUUCCGCAUCUACCAGCCCACCAGUGUCGUCUUUGAUGAGGUCCAUUUCGGCGGCUUUGCCACGAAGUACAUCAAGGGCAAGUUCUUUAUGGAUGUACACCCUCCGCUCGCGAAGUUGAUGAUCACGCUCUUCGGCUGGGCUGCUGGGUUCGACGGAAGCUUCGAUUUCAAGGAUAUUGGCAAGGACUACCUCGAGCCCGGCGUCCCAUACGUCGCCAUGCGCAUGUUCCCGGCCAUCUGCGGUAUUCUGCUCGCUCCGACUAUGUUCCUGACCCUCAAGGCUUCCGGCUGCCGCACUUUCACGUCGGCUAUGGGCGCUGGUCUCAUCAUCUUUGAGAAUGGCCUCCUCACGCAGGCGCGUUUGAUCCUUCUCGACUCUCCCCUGAUGAUUGCCACCGCUUUCACCGCCUUUGCCUUCACGUCGUUCACAAACCAGCAGGAACUUGGUCCCUCCAGGGCUUUCGGGUUGAGCUGGUGGUUUUGGCUUGCCAUGACUGGGCUUGGCCUGGGCAUGACUGUCAGCAUCAAGUGGGUUGGGCUGUUUACCAUCGCUUGGGUUGGCCUCUUGACUCUAGUCCAACUUUGGGUUCUCCUGGGCGACUAUAAGACUGUGACGACUCGUAUUUUGACUAAACACUUCAUGGCCCGGGUGUUCUGCCUGAUCAUCAUUCCCGUCACCUUCUACAUGGCCAUGUUCGGAAUCCACUUUCUCUGUCUCCAGAACCCGGGCGACGGCGACGGCUUCAUGAGCUCCGAGUUCCAGUCCACUCUGAAUUCCAAGGGCAUGAAGAACGUUCCGGCCGACGUUUUGAUGGGUAGCCGGGUCACCAUCAAGCACGUGAAUACGCAGGGCGGGUACCUCCACUCCCACCCCCUGAUGUAUCCGACGGGUUCCAAGCAACAGCAGAUCACCCUCUAUCCUCACAAGGACGACAACAACCUUUGGCUGCUCGAGAACCAGACCCAGCCGCUCGACAUCAACGGCGAGCCGAUCAACGGCACCAACGCCUGGUACAACAUCCCCGACACGCCUUACGUCGAGAACGGUGCCGUGCUCCGCUUGUACCACCUCCCCACCCACCGCCGUCUCCACUCCCACGAUGUCCGCGCGCCCGUCACCGAGGCCGACUGGCAGAACGAGGUCUCUGCGUAUGGUUACGAGGGUUUUGAUGGUGAUGCCAACGACUUCUUCCGCGUUGAGAUUGUCAAGCAAAAGUCCAAGUCUGGUGUCGCCCAACAGCGCGUCCGCACCAUCGACACCAAGUUCAGGCUCGUGCAUGUCAUGACCGGUUGCGUGCUCUUCUCGCACAAAGUCAAGCUCCCGGAGUGGGCUUCGGAACAGCAAGAAGUUACCUGCGCCCGCGGCGGCACGCUUCCCAACAGCUUGUGGCACAUUGAGUCCAACGACCACCCCAAGCUGGGCAAGGACGCUGAGACGGUCAACUAUGCCAACCCUGGCUUCUUUGGCAAGUUCUGGGAGCUGCAGAAGGUCAUGUGGAAGACGAAUGCCGGCCUCGUCGAGUCCCACGCCUGGGAUUCUCGUCCCCCUUCGUGGCCUAUCCUCAACCGCGGCAUCAACUUCUGGGGCAAGGACCACCGCCAGAUCUAUCUGAUCGGCAACCCCGUCAUCUGGUGGAGCGCCACCGCGGCCAUUGUCAUUUACGUCUUGUUCAAGGGCAUUGCUGUUCUCCGGUGGCAGCGCAGCUGCAACGACUACUCGAUUCCUGUCUUCAAGCGGUUCGAUUACGAGAUCGGUACCUCGGUCCUUGGCUGGGCUCUUCACUACUUCCCCUUCUUCCUCAUGCAGCGCCAGCUCUUCCUCCACCACUACUUCCCCGCGCUCUACUUUGGCAUCAUCGCCUUCUGCCAGAUCUACGACUUCACGACGACGCGUAUCUCCGGCGUUGGCCUGAGGGAGAACCCCAUCAUCGGCAAGGCUGGCGCCAUUGGUUUCCUUGUCCUGUCCAUGGCCGCCUUCACUCUCCUCUCUCCUCUGGCCUACGGCAACCCCUGGACCAAGGCGGAGUGCAAGCGUGUCAAGCUUUUCACCACCUGGGACUGGGAUUGCAACACCUUCCCGGACAGCUACGACGCGUACCAUUCCGUGCGUUCCACCCCCGCGGCCGCACAGACACCUCAGAAAUCGGUCGAGGCCCAAAAGGCCCCUCCUGCGGAGCCCCCCGUGGCGGGUGAUCAGCAGGACCAGGUCCCCAUCGCCGAUGCUCAACAGCAGAAGCCUCAGGAUGGCAAGGCAGAUGUUUCGGGCGCGCCCGUGGCCGACAAGCGGCUUCUCCACACCGAGGAGCGUGUCGAGUACCGCGACCAGGACGGCAACCUCCUGGACGAGGAGCAGGUCAAGGCUCUCGAGGGCAAGGUUGAGUUCAAGACGCGCUAUGAAACCCGCACUCGGGUUGUGGACGCCCAGGGAAACGAGGUCCUGUUGCCGGCUGACGAGCAGCCGGCGGAGGCGCAGGAACAGGGAGAGCCUGUGGCCGCGGGCGUUGCCCCGCCCCACCCGGAUGUUGAGGGUGCCAACAGCGAGACGGCGAAGCGGGUCGUCCCCGAUGAGCCGAUUCCGGAGCCGAAGAAGAGCGUGGAGGGCGAAAAGGAGCGCGAGGAGAAGGCUGCCAAACCCGCCAGCGAGAAGAAUGAGGCCAGCGCCAAGGUGGAUGAGCUCUAAGCUCUCGGUCGGUGACCCGACGAUCGGUGAGCAAGUGUAGGAUUAAUACCGGGUGAAGGCGUCAUCACCCUACCCUAUCCAUCUGUUGUACCACUUCACUGGGCGUUUACCUGCCCCGUUGACCGGCAUCUAAUGAAAAGAAAGGGGGAUAAGGAGUUUGUAAGGAGAUUGUAGAAGGAUUUGGUUAGCUCUAUGUGACGAGAAAGGAUGGUUUCUCAAUCUCAUUUGUUAUCAAUGCCUGAGCGAGAGAGGGAUGGAUGGUGCUUCUCGAUGGCAUGAAGGACGCACUUGACUCGGCAUCAUGACGAGGACGACUCACCAAUCCUGGAUUUUUCCCAAGUCAUUUCACUCUAGAUGAAUAGAGCUCCAUAACUCCGA